AUGCUGGCAGCCGCCGCGACCCCGCUCCCGCCAUGCAGGAGCCCCUGCUGGGAGGCGACGGCCCGGACUAUGACACCUUCCCCGAGCGGCCGCCCCCGUCGCCGGGAGAGAGGCCGAGAGGCGGGGCCCUGCAGGACAGGAGGGUGUUCCUGGCCACCUUUGCGGCCGUGCUGGGCAACUUCAGCUUUGGCUACGCCCUGGUCUUCACGUCCCCGGUCAUCCCAGCUCUGGAGCAGUCGCCCGACCCGGACCUGCACCUGACAAAAAACCAAGCGUCCUGGUUCGGGUCUGUUUUCACGCUGGGAGCGGCAGCCGGGGGCCUCAGCGCCAUGGUGCUGAACGACCUCCUGGGCCGGAAGCUGAGCAUCAUGUUCUCCGCCAUCCCCUCUGCGGCCGGCUACGCGCUCAUGGCCGGCGCCCGCGGCCUCUGGAUGCUGCUGCUGGGCAGGACGCUGACGGGCUUUGCCGGGGGGCUCACUGCCGCCUGCAUCCCGGUAUACGUGUCGGAGAUCGCUCCGCCCGGCGUCCGCGGGACCCUGGGGGCCACACCGCAGCUCAUGGCCGUGUUUGGAUCCCUGUCCCUCUACGCUCUCGGCCUCCUGCUGCCGUGGCGCUGGCUGGCCGUGGCCGGGGAGGGGCCUGUCUUCCUCAUGAUCCUGCUGCUCACCUUCAUGCCCAACUCGCCGCGCUUCCUGCUUUCCCGGGGCAGGGACGACGAGGCACUGCGGGCGCUGAGCUGGUUGCGCGGGGCCGACGCCCGCGUCCACUGGGAGUUCCAGCAGAUCCAGGACAACGUCCACAGACAGAGCAGCCGAGUGUCGUGGGCCGAGGUCCGGGACCCCCACAUGUACCGCCCCAUCGCCAUCGCCCUGCUCAUGCGCUUCCUGCAGCAGCUCACGGGCAUCACCCCCAUCCUCGUGUACCUGCAGUCCAUCUUCAGCAGCACGGCCGUCAUGCUGCCCCCCGAGGAUGACGCGGCCAUCGUGGGCGCCGUGAGGCUCCUGUCUGUGCUCAUCGCAGCCCUCACCAUGGACCUGGCCGGCCGCAAGGUUCUGCUCUUUGUCUCGGCCAGCAUCAUGUUCGCGGCCAACCUGACGCUCGGGCUGUAUGUGCAGCUGGGCCCCAGGCCCGUGAGCCCCAACAGCACCACAGGCCUCGAGGGCAUGCUCUUAGGCGGCUCAGAGCAGACCCCAGCUACGCCCCCCAGCUCCCUCACCCUGGUGCCCCUGCUGGCCACCAUGGUCUUCAUCAUGGGCUACGCCAUGGGCUGGGGGCCCAUCACCUGGCUGCUCAUGUCGGAGAUCCUGCCCCUGCGCGCCCGCGGUGUGGCCUCGGGGCUCUGCGUGCUGGUCAGCUGGCUCACCGCCUUCGUGCUCACUAAGUCCUUCCUGCUGCUGGUGGACGCCUUCGGCCUGCAGACGCCCUUCUUCCUGUUCGCGGCCGUGUGCCUGCUGAGCCUGCUGUUCACGGGCUGCUGUGUGCCCGAGACCAAGGGCCGCUCGCUGGAGCAGAUCGAGUCCUUCUUCCACACGGGCCGGAGGUCCUUCCUGCGCUAGGCCGCACCCGCACGCGGGCCGGGCAGCGGCCGCCGUCCCCGCCGCGGCCAGAGCGGCUGUGGACGGGCACAGCCGCGCCUCCCAGCCGCAGCAGAGUGCGAGGCCGGCGUCCAGGGGCCAGGCCCCGCCCGCUGGGCUCGGGCCGGCGUCCUCACUCAGGCGCCAAGGACACUGCCCGCGGAGGACUGGUGAGCCUGGGGAGGAGAGGGCUGGAGGUAGCCACGAGGACACGACGCUGUCACCCUGGUGUGAUGACCCGGCCGCCACCAAGCACCUCGGCCUGGGCCUGCACCCCCGGCGGCCCUGUGGCCCCACCUGGAACAGUUCUGACUUCAAAAAGCCAAGGCCCAGGCCCCCUGCGGCACUGCCUCCUCCCCAGCCCUGCCGCAGGCCGCAGGGGCUCCCGUCUGCACACUGCGCCUCCUAUUUAUAAAUAAAGGGAACGGGCCACAGCUCCCGAGAGGGAGGCGUGGGGGCCAGACGCCACGGCCGCCAGGGCCUGGUCUCCACUCACCCGCGGUGAAACAGGGAGAGGAAGGCGGCCCACGGCAGGACACCUGCGGCCGGAGCUCCUGCUCUGUGACCUUGAGCAAGA